AUGCUCCUGCUGCUCCUGCUCCUCACCCCAAGCACCCCAGCCGCCUUCCUCAUCGCCCCCGUCCGCUGGACGACAAGCGAGCGGGCCACCACCGUCUUCAUGCCGCGUGCCAUCAAAGCCAUCCCCGGCACCAUGGCGGAGCCGACCCCUUUCAAGCGCGCCGCCUCCGCUCAGCCUGGCAGUGUGCCACACCAGGAUGACGCCGACGCGAGCUUCAAGGGCGUGGCCAUUGAGGGCGCCCCCUCGACCGUCGGCGCCCCCACUGCCGCCGGCCAGGCAGGUGGCAGCGCCUCUGCACCGACCAGGCGGGGCUCGUGGUACCGCAUGCUGCUGGGGGAGCGACCGGCUGCGGCCCUGAGCACACCCACGGUCAGCGCUGGCCGCGGCCACACCGGCUUCAGCUCUGCCCUGGCCGGUAUUGACCCUGCCUCUAGCUUUGUCGACGGCAUCGACGGCCUUGUCCCUGAGCAGGGCGGCACAGGCCAACUGGGUUGA